GCAGCCUCCAUAGAAGGAAGGCAUGUCAACAUUAGGAUUUGACACUUCUACUUUGCAUGUUUCUGUUACGCAACUAAUGGACCUUCAGAUGAAAUCGGACAUAUUCGGAGAUUUUCGGGAGUCUGUCGUCGAUAUUAUUAAGCCACAACUGCCCCACUCAUCACAGCCAACACCUUCAUCAUGCCCAGUGAGGAAAAAGCACCACAACAGGCCCGCCAGAGGAAAAAGAGCAAAAAGUCCCGCUCCAAGCGGAAGAUUACUGGUGGGAGUCCCAGUGCCUGCUUAGGAGACACCAUCGAAGGACAAGAUGACCUUAUCCUACCCCCUGUCCUCCAGCCACCUCCUAAAAAGCCAGUGGAGGAGAGGCCGAAAUUGUCAGCGGCUAAAGUGGAGGAGGAGUCAUCUAUAUCUAUCUGUCUACAGGUGCUAUUCCCCUACCUGCUGGCUGGGAUGGGCAUGGUGAUGGCCGGCAUGGUGCUGGAUGACGUACAGCACUGGGAGGUGUUUAAGGUGAUCACAGAGGUGUUCAUCCUGGUGCCUGCGCUGGUUGGACUGAAAGGAAACCUGGAGAUGACCCUGGCUGCUCGACUCUCCACUGCUGCCAACACGGGCCAAAUGGACGACCCUGACAAACAGUGGACCAUGGUGUGCAGCAAUCUGGCUCUUAUACAGGUUCAAGCCACAGUUGUGGGCUUCCUGGCUGCAGUGGCAGCGGUGUGUUUAGGGGCUAUUUCCAGAGGGGGGGUUGAACUGGACCAGGCAGCUGUUCUGUGUGCCAGCAGCAUCACCACGGCCUUUGUAGCUGCUCUCUCUUUAGGUCUGGUGAUGAUUGGAGUGAUUAUCGGGUCCAGGAAGGUGGGGAUCAACCCCGACAACGUGGCCACCCCUAUCGCUGCCAGCCUGGGUGAUUUGAUCACCCUGUCCCUGCUGGCCGGGGUCAGCAGCACGCUCUAUGAAUACAUAGAUGUAUGGUACCUGUCCCCUGCGGUGUGUCUGGUCUUCCUGGCUCUUAUCCCACUGUGGGUGGUGGUGGCCCGACAGAGCCCUCAAAUCAAGGAGGUUCUUCGCUCAGGCUGGCAGCCUGUUAUAGUAGCCAUGUCCAUUAGCAGUUUUGGAGGUCUUAUACUGGACAAGACAGUGAGUGAUCCCAACUUCGAGGGCAUGGCUGUCUUUACACCCGUCAUUAACGGAGUGGGUGGGAACUUGGUGGCCAUCCAGGCCAGCAGGAUCUCAACCUACCUGCAUUUCUGGAGCAUCCCAGGGGUGCUGCCCUAUAAGAUGAGGCAGCACUGGCCUAAUCCCUGCAUCACCUUCUUUUCCUCAGGGGUGAACUCAAAGUCAGCACGGGUGCUGCUGAUGCUGGUCGUCCCCGGUCAUCUGGUCUUCCUCUACGCCAUCUCUCUGCUGCAGGGAGAGGAGGCGCCUAUCACUGUAGCCUUCACCAUCUGCUACCUGUGUGCUGCUGUGAUACAGGUGGCUAUCCUCCUUUACGUGGCCGACCUAAUCGUCCGUUCAAUGUGGCGACGGAGUCUGGACCCUGACAACUUCUCCAUUCCCUACCUGACAGCUCUGGGGGACCUGCUGGGCACUGGCUUCCUGGCCCUCUGCUUCCGUUGCGUUGCACUGGUUGGAAGCCUGGGUCUCUGAGUUUUCCCCACCCCCUCUUUUGCCUCUGAACUCUUAGCCAGCCACUGUCUUGUUGCACCCAUUUUGAUACAUUUACACAGAGAUGCUUUUGAUUGGACAAUAAGGCAUUUUCUGAUCUUUUAUCACUUGGCCAGUUCAUACAGCACACCUGAUACAUUUACACCUAUCCAUCUGUGAGAAAAAAAGAACUCACAGUAUUCAGAUGUUUUAAGAUUUCUGUUCCUCAGUGCAACUAUUUUGAACUUAAGUUUAAUAUCAUUCCUCUUCAUCUCUGUCUGUCUUUUGGUUUUUUCCUGCACUAACUAAAUUUGAAGUUGGAGGCUGUGUGUUCACCCUGUCUCUCAAAUCAUUUCUUUGGCUUCAUCAGAGGAAUAUGUAGCAAAUUAACAUCAUAGCAGCAAGACAACAUAACAGCAUAUCAACUGUGUAGUCCAGUAGAAACUUUUGUUCAAUGGCCUUGACUGUGAAAAAUUGGUCUGUUUGUGGACAUUUGUUUGAACAGACUGUACUAUGCAUUAAUGCUAGAGGUGUUGGAGGUCUAUAUGUGUCAUACUCUAACUGGAAUCAUUACUUAUUUAGAUAAAUUAUACAAAUCAGGUUCAGUACUUGUAACACAGAGGAAUGUUUUAACAUCACAUGAAAAAACUGUAUUACUGUUAUUACCCAUAUAAUGUAAUGUAUUGAGUCUGGUAAUCUAAAAGCUCCCCGUUUUCUGCAAAUUCAGUCAGUCAGACAGAAUAGGUUAAUUGAUACAUUUUAUGGACACAGGCAAAUGGCAUGGUUGCACAGUGGAAACAGUUGGAUUAGGAGGAUAACACUACCAGUAAUGAUCAGUAUCAGUGAGGUUGGGGUUUGUGUAAAUCACGAACAAUGGAAAUCCCUUCUGUUCUGACAGUUUUCAUGAUACAGACAUCAGUGCAGAGCAUCUGUUGGUAUAUUUCACAUAAGAAAAACAUGACAGGAGAUAACAUAUUUAGCAGCCUGUUUGUUGGAGAUCCAUUAACCAGUGUUUCAGUGAAAUCAAUUGAGGAGCCAAACGUAAUGGACCGUAAUGACUGUAGGAGGGAGGUGUAGUCAUCAGCAAGUUCUUGACUUGACGUCUGUAAAUGAUGAAUUUUAGUCCAGAAUCUCUACUCGUCACACACUGUGGCACAGAGUGGAAUAAAAUCUAAACUGUGAGGUUUAAUGUACGAUCUGGCCUAGACUGUUCAUAAAACAGCCACAGUGCACAAAUCCAUGCAACCCCUGACUGCUAUUCCUUCUCCUGCUCUUUUCCUUCCACUACAGAGGAGUCAAAUUAACAGCAAGUCAACAAAACACCCCAAAAGGACACGUGGGAGAACCUGUGCCCAGCGAAAAUACCACAAAAUGAGCCCAGUGUCUCCAUAUUAUUCAGUUUGCAGAUGAUAUCAUGCUGUUUGUUGUUCUUACAGUAGAUAUACACAUGGCAAUUAAACUGACACUGAGCAAUAUUUUUUUCUAAAUCCUGCACCUUACAGGAAUGUGUUCAAUAAGCCCAAGUCAUGUUCCAGUGCACUUUGAUGUUCUGCAAAAUAUGUCUACACCUUUCACAAAGUCAGUAUAGCAAUCUCAGUAUAAAAGAAAACUGAUGUGGAUGAUCUCUAUAAAUAGGGGUAUUUGUUUUCAUCUGUCAGUCCAGGUUAAGUGUUUAUAUCUAUUGUGUAGCAGUGGAGGAUCUCACCACUUUCUACUAGCAGUCCCUUUAACAGAGGUUUCACAGAGCCUUACUGUUCGUUAUGAUGGUAUUCUGUUUGAACCAUAAAACCUCAUUGUUACAGCAGUGAGUGCAUAUAUACAUGCACAUUCAAUACUUAUAAGUCAACAUUCAAAGUCACAUGUAAGUGACCUCAUAUCGCAGUCAUCCACAUUUACAUGACCAGUUGUACUAUUAAAAACUUGCAAAACCAUGCAGUAUAUGGGACUCAGAGGUUACAGUGUGAUGUACACUGGCUAUCUCUUGAUCCUUGCUAUUACACUUACAGUUCUUAAUACGUAUAUGAGCUCCACAUCAAAAGAUACAAUACAUACAAUAUCUCAGUACAAUACAUGUGUGUGUAAAUGCACUCAUGAAGUCACAUGGAGCAGUUUUGCUGUUUGCUGUAUGCCUAUUUUUUAGAGACAAACCUCGAAAACACUGAAGACAUUUCUCAGAAACAACCUGUGGUGUCAGUAACUCAUCUUCUGUGUGAGGUAUUUCAGUGUUUAUAGUGCUUUGCUGUAAGCUUUUAUCGUGACACUGUUUCACGCAGUACUUUCUACACUAGAAAGUAAUUAACUGUAGACAUGUACCAUUUUGAGUCACGGUUUGUCUCACUCAAGCUUACUGUAUGAGAUCUAUAUGUUAACUGUGAUACUUUGAGACUUAGACCACAGCUCAGCUUGUGUUGUACCAGCACAUAAGCCUGUCUUAAUCAGUAGGGCUGGACGAUACCACCUAGAAUCUGUGUUAUGAUAUAUUGUCACAUUCACAGAGAGUACAAUGAAUGUAGAUGAUGUAUUGCUUUUUGUUGCAUAUACAGUAUACAGUACAUACAAACACCAGUGGGUGCUGUAACUAUGUACUUUAAGAGUUUCAUUCAUUAUUUAUGUUUCAUCCAUUUUUAUAGUUAUUAAAAGGAAUAGUUUGGUUUUGGGGAUUGCGCUCACUUGCUUUGUUGAGCUGUAUGGGAAGAUUGAUGUGAAGCUGGAGCCAGCAGACUAUUAGCUUAGGUUAGCAUACAAACUAAGCAGGGGGAAACAGCUAGCCUGACUCUGUCUGAAGUUUAAAAAAAGCCAGAAAGCUGACUAAUUAACAACAAGUUGUGGUGUUAUCGUGAGUUUCCUCCUGGGACUAGCCUAUUUCUUGGAUAGGCCAGUGACUUUUCGAGUCUUCACUGUUUUCCUAGCAACCUCACAGUUUCAACAAGAUUCCGGUAAAAGCACAACUUGUUUUUAAUUUUCGUUUUGUCUACAGAUUAACCAAAAACAGCUAAUGUGUUAAAAAAGUAAAAGUCAGAAAUGCUUGGACAGAGCUAUGCCAAUCAAUCAUCUGCUGGCUCCGGCUUCAAAUUUAGUUUACAGACAUGAGUGGUGUAAGUGUAUUUUAUAAAAUGUAACAUUUUUGGUUUAUCAUCCAGCCCUAUUAAUCAGUGUGUAAAAGAGUGCAAUGGCAAAAUACCCAAAUGCAAACUUGCACUUUUGUUUAGAAAGUAGUUUAAAGAGAUAGUCCGGAUUUUUUUAAGUGGGGUUGUGUGAGGCCCUAAUACAUAGUCAGUUUAUAACCUGCAGUAGAUUUGGGCCCACCUAAAAGAAUCAUUAUCAGUUUAAGUGUGUGCUAUAUUUACAAUAUUUUAACAGCUUUACCUUGCCAUAAUAGAGCCCUUUCCUUUGGCACUACAUUUUCUCAACCAUAAAACUUCUGUAUUCCUACGCCUGUCAUGUACCAUAUUACACAGCAAACAGCUAAUCUGUCGAGUAAGUUUUUUUUUCAUUUUCAAGUAGCUAAAAUAUGAUUUGAUGCUGCCCCCAUUCACAGCAGUACAUUGCUUUACCCCCGAGCUGCUACUUCUGCCAAAUCUACUAUGGCUCUCAUAGAACCCCACUUCAAAAAAUCUAACUAUUCCUUUAAAGUUGCCUUGAAAACAAAAUAAACGUCAACUGUGUCUUAUCUAAAAAAUCUUCCCAUGUACUACCAUCUCAAUGUUACAAAAAAUAGUAGCUUUAUUUCAAUGUUGCAACAGUCCUUUUCUCUUUUGCUGUAGGCAAAACUUUGUACUGUACUUCAAUGUUGACACUGCCACAUUACGACUUUAGGAGCUGUUAAAAAAAAAAGCCUUUUUUUCCUAAUCUUGCUGUUUUCACUUUCACCUGAGCUUCCACACCUGUGUUAAUGUCUUAUGUGUGCGCAAAGAUGAAGUGUGGAGUCUAAAAAACGUGACAAAUUGGUGAGUGUUUGUUUUUUUUGUGGCUAUGAACGGUUAUAUUUUAAUAAAAACCAAAAUGU